CGUGCGUGCGUGCGUGCGUGCGUGGUCGUGAGGGUUGAGGUUGGAAUCGGAAUGCGCGACGCCGAGAAACAAAUUCCGAUGAAUUCCCCAUCUCUGGCCGCCUUGAUUUCCUCCCUAAUUUCCCAAAUCCUCAUCAUAAUCUUCCUCUUCUUCCCUCCCUCAAACACCCUCUCCAUCGCCACACCCAAUCCCUCACCUCACCACCAUCCCCUCUUUCCCUUCCUCCACCACUUCCUCGCCGCCGCCGCCCUCUCACUCUCCCGUAAACGGAAGCGCCCCCUCCCCGACACAGACGACGGCGCCGCCGCCUCGCGCGUCGGCCGCAACCCCGACUCCUUCAAGCGCCUCUUCAACAUGAAAUCCGCCACUUUCGAGUGGCUCUGCUGCCUCCUCGAGCCUCUCCUCGACUGCCGCGACCCCGUCGACUCGCCGCUCGACCUCCCCGCCGAGACCCGCCUCGGAAUCGGCCUCUACCGCCUCGCCACCGGGGCCGAUCACCGCGAGAUCUCCGCCCGCUUCGGAGUCCCCGAGGCCGACUCCAAAUUCUGCGUCAAGCAGCUCUGCACCAACUACCGCUUCUGGGUCGGGUUUCCCGGCCCCAUCGAAUUGGAAUCCGUCUCCUCUCAAUUUGAAACCCUCACCGGCCUCCCCAAUUGCUGCGGAGUCGUCAGCUGCGCUAGGUUUGAAUUCGAUAUCAAAAAGGCUAGCAGAAAUUCAAUCCCUAAUCAUUGGAAACAGAGCAUUGCCGCCCAAAUCGUCGUCGAUUCAUCAUCCAGAAUUCUAAGCAUUAUAGCCGGUUUUAGCGGCGGUAAGACUGAUUUAAACAUCCUAAAAUCGACCAAUUUCUAUAAGGACGUUGAGAAAGGGAAAAUCUUGAACUCACAGAGGGUUGUUAGAGUGAAUGAUGUGGAUGUGCCUCAAUAUCUAGUUGGGAGUGGGGAGUAUCCGCUGCUUCCAUGGCUGCUAGUACCCUUUGUCGAUCCUAAGCCCGGAUCAGUUGAGGAGAAUCUCAACAAGGCUCAUUCUUUGAUGCAAGUUUCCUCGUAUAAGGCGAUGGCGAGUUUGAGGAAUUGGGGUGUUUUGGAUAGGAGGCCUAUCAAGGCAGAGUAUAAGGCUGCAGUGGCUUGUAUUGGUGCUUGUUCUAUACUGCAUAAUAUGUUGAUAUCAAGGGAGGAUUACUCUGCAUUUUGCCACGAAUGGGAUGAUGGCGCUUUUCUUCAUGAUCAAAAUGUGGCUAGGCUCGAGGGGAACUUGGUUGAAGAGAACGCAUUUGUUAUUCGAAAUGCAUUGUCUACGAGAGCCAGAAGCUUAGAUUGUUCGAAUUGAUUUGAGUUAGGUGGCAAUGUGAAGAGCAUGGCUGACAUUUUUGGGUUAUUCUUCUGGAAGAAAUGGCAAAGUAGCUGUGGAAGAAAAGCUGUUUUCUCCAAUUCUUGAUAUUGUAAAGUGAGCAUUCCUUUUUCUUGGUUCCAUUGGUUUAUUGGUUUAGAGUAGGAAGAUGCAUGCUCUGUAAAUGGUAUAAUAACUUCAAUAAUAUUAUUGGAUCAUUGUUGAAAUAGGAUUGUGGAUGAUUCCCUUUAAUUUUAGUGAUCAUAACAGUUUU